AGUUCUGUAGGUACACAGAAUAGUUCUGUACCUACACGGCAACCAUGAACAUCGAGAGAAGCGACUUGUCAUUGUCUAAUCGGUCCUAAUGGCAUCUAACCACAUGUCAUGCGCUGAUUUGUACACUUGAAAAGGGCCAAAACCAAUGGCCGAAACGUAGUGAGAAAAUAAAGGAUUUUUCCUGUAACCAUGCAGUCGUGUCUGAUUUGUACACUUGAAAAGGGCCAAAACCAAUGGCCGAAACGUAGUGAGAAAAUAAAGGAUUUUUCCUGUAGCCAGUCGUGUCGGAUUAUUCACCUGAUUGUUAAUUAAUCGCUGGCGAAUUAACUAUUCAAAUUGUUUCUCAUAUAUUAAAAUUAAUUAAUUGAUAAGGAUCCACAACGUCGCAAACAUUGGGAAACUGCCUUGAACCGGCCCCUCAAAGAUUCAGAAGUUAUUUGCGAAUUGCAUUUUCAAGAAAAAGAUAUUUUGCGCCAAUACAAAAUUCCCUUGCAUGAUGGAUCGAAUUUCAUAAUGAAUAAAGAAAGAACAGAUUUGGCUAAAACAGCAGUCCCUUCUUUUUAUCAUUCGGAUUCUGCAAAAGAAAAUGUUGCUGACAAUUCAGUGAUUAAUAUCGUUCCACAAAAAAAGAAAGGGAAUGUUGCUGCCAUUAAUUCGACCACUUUGAAAAAUACUGAAAAUCUGCGUGUAAUAGAUGCAUACACUAAUAUUGAAAAUCUGCAAGUAAUGGAUGCAUACACUAAUACUGAAAAUCUGCAAGUAAUGGAUGCCUCAGAUUCGGAAAAAGAAAAUGUUACUGACGAUUCAGUGAUCAAUAUCGUUCCACAAAACAAGAAAGGAAAUGUUGCUGCCACAGAUUCGACCACUUUGAAAAAUACUGAAAAUCUGCAAGUAAUGGAUGUAUACACUAAUAUUGAAAAUCUGCAAGUAAUGGAUGCAUACACUAAUACUGAAAAUCUGCAAGUAAUGAAUGCAUACACUAAUACUGAAAAUCUGCAAAUAAUGGAUACAUACACUAAUACUGAAAAUCUGCAUGUAAUGGAUGCAUAUACUGAGUCCUCGACAGUGAUGACCAAUAAUGCUUCACAAAUCAAGAAACAAGCUGUUGCUGAAAAAUGGUUGAGCAUUUUGGAAAAUAUAAAAAAUGUACACCUACCAAAUAAAUGGACUUGCAUGACUUUUCCUAAUUCAGUGGUCAUUGGAAUAUGGAAACCGAAUGGUAAACCCGCAAAACGUCUCGUUGUGAAAUCUGAUUUAACCAUUCAGAUACCCAAGCUGGAGUUCCGAUAUUCACUGUCAGUACUAAAACUCUAUAGUUUACAUCAUGUUCACAGUAGAUUUUCAGUACUGCUGGUGAAUAUUGGAAUCCAAACAUUCAUCGAGAACAAAGAAAUAAAUUUGCCGGGAAUGACUGUCCUAAAUUCUGUAGAGGAUAUUAUGAAAUAUAUUAGCGUACUGCAAUCUGUUCUAUUGUGCCAAGGAAGAGAUAAUGGACAAUGGUUCUCCAAACAAUGCCUGGGAUUUGUUGAUCCUAAAGAUUCAGGGAAAUUAUACUUUGGAAAAUUUCGGUGUGCUCAUUGCCGCAUAAAUUGUUUGAACGAAGUGAUUAGAAAACUACGAAUAAAAUGUACCGCCACGCAAGAAGAGGUUCUGAAGGAACGAAUUUCAACACUGCCUCCCGGGCAACAAGAAGCUAUCAAGACAUGCUUCAAAGCAGCAACAUGCUCUAAAUAUGUUCCUCAUGUCGAUACACUUCAUAAGUACUUACGGCAGACACAAAGUGCAUACGGAUUUAACGAGUCAAUAUUCAAAUGCUUGAGAAAAACAUCAGAACAACUAAAUUCUGAUGAAAGAAGAGGAUCGUUGCUUAUCGACGAAAUGAAAUUGAGUGAAGCAUUGAAAUUCAACCGGUAUAAAUGUCAAUUCGAAGGAUUUGUCGAUCUCGGUGAUUAUACGCCAGAACAUCAACAGAAUGAAACUGGAGAUCACGCUCUCGUUAUUAUGUAUCAGCCAUUCCGUGGUCGAUGGGUUCAGGCUCUUGCAUGCUUUCUAAGCAAGGGGUGUGCGCCUAGCAAUGUCCUGACCUGUUUGAUACUGGAAUUAACAACGGAUGGUGCACAGUGGAAUCGGUCAAUGUGGACAAAAUUCGGAAUCACGGAGGAAAACAUAAGCUGCCAGCAUCCAUGCGAUCCGGACCGGCGAUUGUGGUUUUGUUCUGAUUUUCCACAUCUCAUAAAAAAUUUCAGAAAUUGUAUAGUUGCUUGUAACGAGAUAUGGACACCCGAUGGUAUCGUAAAGAAGAAACAUUGGCUAGCACUAUUAGACCUAGAGCAUAUCGACCUAUUCAAUAUGAAAAUAUCUUAUCGCUUCUCAGCUAAUCAUCUUCAACCAAAGUAUUACCAAAAAAUGAAUGUACCUAUGGCAUUUGAACAUAUUAAGCAUUUUAUCGAGUUCUUGAAUCAGUGGGAAUCGACAGCAAAGAGAAUGGGUCACAAAUAUUUGACGAACAACACUUCAUUAGGAAUGAAUAUCACUUUGAGGGCGACACUAGAAAUCAUGGACUUCCUGUCUUUUCAAUGCAAUUACCAAUACCUGAUGACUUCCCGAUUAAAUCAAGAUGCACUAGAAGGUAGCAAUGUUACAGGAGGAGAAAUGUUGUCAGCGCUGUUGAACGUAGACAUUGACAAAGAAAGAUCUGGUCAGAAAGAAUUUCUAUGCAUACUGGACAGUAUUAUCGAAAACGCUUCUGUUGACCAUCUUGAUCCUUCCAAAGUUGCGAUCUCUGACACAAGGGAAGUAAAAGAAGUUGAUCUAACGCAGUAUACAGG